AUGGCCUCCUCGAUGAAGCUCGCCCUGCUCUCAAUCGCCGCUAUACCAGCUUUCUCUUAUCCGAUCCUCUCCCCAUCAACCAUCUUGCCCCGAAUAGAUGUGUCGGCAUCUAAACCUAUCGUGCCCUUGAGCCUCCGUGGUGAGGCUCCUGAUCGCGAAAUUGGUGACUACACGAUAAGUGGUCUAGAGAAAAUCGGGGAAGGAGAGGCUGGUAUUGUGUACAAAGGCAAGGCGAAGAAGCUCGGCCUCGACAGUAUCGAUGUCGCAAUGAAGGAUUGCCGGGGUGAUGCCAUCCCAACUUGCGUGAAAGAAGUUAAUGUCCUGCAAAAGCUGCAUGUGAAAAUUUCAGGCGGGGUCCCCGAGGUCUACGCAAGUCAGCACGUAAAGGCGCCCGACACAGACGGCACGUUGAAGGACGCCUUUAUGUUCAUCAUGACCCUGGCAGAAGGUGGUAAACUCGAAGGGCUAACAUCCAAGUAUGCGCAAGACGAAAAGCCAGGCGACAAGCACUCCAAUCUGGUGGGAGCGUGGACGACCUUGGAGCAGAUACACGACGCAGGCAUUUCACAUCGGGAUAUCUUCACCGCUAACACGGCGUUUUUGAAAAAGGACGACGGUGAGACUUUCGGUCCGAUCAUGUUCAUAGACUUUGGACAAGCGUCCGAUGAAUCGAAAACAAAAACACCUGUCUUACCGAGUCCGGCAGAAGAGUACGCGGCUCCAGAGGAACUGGCAUUGAUCAAAGCGUAUAGGGAAAAACGUCCUAUCGUAGCGAUCGAUCCCAAGUUGGGUGAUGUUUGGUCAUUUGGGUGCGUCACUUGGGAGCUCAUUACUGGGGAUUAUUUCUGUGAUUGGGCGAGGGAUGCCUACAACCGCAACGAGGAGGAAUUCGUGGGAAUCACCAAAGAGAAAUUAAAGGAAGGGGGCAAACCGGUAGAAAAUGGCUUAGCAAAAUGGUUUGCUGGUGUGUUCGCCACCCCGGACAGACGGCUGACUUCGAAGCAAGCACGAGAGCAGCUCCAAGAAAUCGACGCCAACCACCUGGGUUAG